AUUUUCUGUGCGGCACGCCACCUAACAAGCUCCUGGGCGCCAUUUUUCGUGUAGCUUCUGUGUGCGGUGUCUAGUGACGCUAAACUUUAAGUGAUUUACGCAUUUUCCUUUUUGCAGUGGUUAAUCAAACGUUUGUGUAAUGGAUUCCAUACCGAAUCAAUCGAAUCGUACGAGUAAUGACGAGACGCCAUUACUGCAGUCUUCUGGUAAUGCUGUGGAUGAAGUGCGCCAGCUGCCGGCACAAGAACAGCCACCUCUGAUGGUAGUGAACAAUGGGCAACAGCAAGUGCCCGGACAUCCGAUGCCAUUGUCCCCUAUCGGGUCAGAUUUGCCGCAAAGGCAGCAGCAACAGGUGAAGAUAGCUGACCUUUCCGAGCUCGCUGAUUCUACCCCGUAUACAGGGCUUCCGGAAGGAAAGGAACCGAAUCUGUUCGGUGCAAUCGGUACUCCCUGUCCGCCACAGCAGCGCCAUCUAUCGAUACCGUGGCAGUUUGUCAAGAUGGACGCGGUUCUUCAAUUGGACAUUGGGAUCCAUACACAAGAUCCUGUUUUGCCGCUGCAAGAAGUGUCUGACCAGUAUGCAAUGCACGCGAAUUGCCAUAUCAAGCAGCAGCUAACUUUCCAGCAGCAGCUGAUAUGGUCAAUCAAUGUCAAUGGCGUUUAA